AUGCCUGCUCCGAAAGGUACCCAGUUCCAAGCUCCUGAUGGCGCCGACCAACAGCGCCACCUCUUCAACUCCACGCAGGACCACAAGACUGCAGAUCGACAGCAAGCUGCAGCCAACCGCACCGCAAAGAAGGCAAAGCGCUCGGACGAAAGCCCGAUUCAAUCACUCGCUAAGGAAAUGGAUUCAACUGGCAAUCCGGUGCCGGAUGUUGCUUCCACCGGUCCAACAGGAGACGGCGCCGACGACAUCGAUCCAUUCGAUGCCAUGCACGCCGAUUUUGAUUAA